UUUCGUAAUCUGUCAUAUGGUUUUAGUAUUUGCAGAUGUAUGGUGUUAUUAACUUUUCAACUUUUAUUAUUAUGAAAGUAUUGUAUUCCGUUAUUGUAAUGAUCAUGUAGUGUAAGAAACUGAAACAUUUAACCUUAAAAGAGUGUUCAAAAAGGAGCUUGGAAUGUCUUGUUACAGUUGCAGUGCAAAAUUUGGAUUCCUGAAAAAGGAGGUAGGCUGUGAAGUUUGUGGUUUUGCUUUUUGUCAAAAAUGUUGCAAAAGGAGAGAAAUCCCUUCAGACAAUGAUGCUAGAAAACAGAAAUUAACAUGCAGUAAUUGUUAUCAGCAUUUAACUGGUAAUAAACCAAGCAUUCAAGAAACGAGUCCACCACUAGCACAUAAAAAACGCAUGGAAGCUUUCAAAAAACAGUCUUACAGUGUUGAUUCAGCAACUGCUAUGUCUGGACUUUUAUCUCAGUGGUCCAAUGAAAAAGACAGAGAAAUAGCUGAAAGACUUCAGAAACUGAAAAGGGAAAGAAUAAAAGAUGACUUACCAAGUGAGAUGGAAAUUGAAGAAAGGUUAGCAAAAUUAAAAGGAAUGGAUCCAUCUAAAUAUAAAGCACCUCCAAUACAGGUUUAUAGACCUUCAUGCAGACGAACCUCUGUUGAACAAGCUGAUGAUCUUAUGAUGCAAGUAACGGAAGAAGUUCAAAUAGACUCUAAACUAAUUAAGCCAGAAGAUGAAAUAGCUGCUCGUUUAGCUCGAUUGAGAGAUGAAGUGCCGGAAAAGAUGGAAGUUGAAGGAAAAUUAUCAACAGAACAAGAUGCUUCUCAAAAUGAAAUAGAUUUAAAGAAGUCCCAUUCAACUUUCCACUCAGAAAGUGAACUUUUAUCGAAGCUUGCUUCUAAAGAAGUAAAAGAAGUAGUAACUGAUCCUGAAUAUCAGAAAAUGAUUUCAAGCAUGCAGCAUAGUAAAGAAACGGAACAUGAAAGUGAUGAAGAACAAGAAGCUAAUAAGCUUGUUGAAAAGUUAAUGGCAUCAAAUAUAGAUGAUGAAGAAUUGGAAAGUUUUAAUGGGCAAGAAACAGAAAAAACAGAAGAGGAUAACACAGAAGAAGAAUUCCCAUGGUGUGUUAUUUGCACUGAAGAUGCAAAGAUGAGAUGUUUUGGCUGUGAUGGAGACCUUUAUUGCAUUCGUUGUUUCAAGGAAUGCCAUGACAGUUUGGAUAUAAAGGAUCAUAAAACAUGUCCAUACUUGUCUCCUAAGAAGCCUUUAAUAUAAAGCAUAAUUUUUGUCUAAGCAUUUAGUUUGGAAAGUAAGGUUGUAAUUACAGUGCUAGCAGACAGGACUGCACUGCUUUUCAUUGUAGGAAAUGUAUAUAUUUAUAUUUUUCUCACUAACUGUAAAAUAAAUUUAUAUUUUUUCCUCUUCUG